CCAGCAACAUAUACUCAGUCUCAAGUUCGAACCGCAUCACUAAAGCCAUCCGCAAGGCGAGCCAGCACCGCUAUAGUGACGGGAAUUACAAGCCUUUGCAAGUACAACGUCAACGUCUUUGCCUCAUCGUGCACCUCCCACAUCUCCAUGGAACCAUCAAAUCCCGCAGACGACUCCUUCUCACGAGUCCUUUUGACUGUCGACCAGUUAUCUACAUGAAGAUAAUGUUAGGCGCGCUGGGUCUAAGCCUGUGGCGCUGCCUACGGCACGCAAGCGCCUUGUGCAAGGCAACCUGCGAGGCAGUGCAGGGGCACAAACGGCUCACACCGACGCACGAGAAUGGCCAACAGCGCCUGGCUUUGCCUGGCGCGAAGGCCCGCAAAGGCUCAGCGAUCACAAGGUGGAUUGUAAGGCUUUGUUGGAGAGGCUGGACAAAGAUCGUGCGAGGGGCGCACGAAGCGAAGUGUGCUUAUUUGCACAUUCAAACAUCAAGUCAAUUCUGGAGUCAGAGAUCAAGUAAACGAGCGUUAAACGAAGGUUACCAGGAAGGAGCAACGACACCAAAAGCUCCCCAAUCAACCUUGCCUCCACAAGCCUACAAUGGCACCCACCACCACCUUCCACAACCUACUAAAACGUUCCUCAACAUGCGGCACCUACGACAACCCCUGCACCCCCCACCGGACCGCAAUCCUCAUCAUAAUAGUCGCGAUCGGCUUCCUCACGACCUCAAUCCUCCUCUUCUACUACCUACGCAAGAGAACCUCAGUUCAUCCCGGACCUAGUCGGUUCAAGGCCGGCUUAGUGCACCCGCAAAAACUACAGAGGAAGGAGGCAAGGGCGAUAUGGCGGAGGAAGGACAGAUAUGAGGGGGAUGUGGGGUUGGAAUUGCCACAGUAUGAGGAUAGGUUUGAUGCGCCGCCGCCGUAUGUGUAUGUGUUGGCAAGGCCGGAGGAUGUUCAUACUUAUGGUGGGAGGAGGGUAUGAGAAGGGAAAGUUUAGGUUGGAUGAGACAGUGCAAAGAAGCAGCAAUGAACUGUCUACCUGAUAUCUCCAGUUCACCAAAUGUGACUGUAUCUAUCCCCUGCGCCUGGU